ACCAUGAGAGUUGAUAUUGAUAUCGUACUGAGCGACACUCCGGAUAACUUAACUCUCGACUUCCGAGACCUGUCGACUUCGAUGUAUCUAACGGACUAUUACGUGAACAAGAGCCUCGAGUUGAACGAGACGACCAACGAUCUGGUCUACUCGAAUCAAUUCGAGGGCGAACCAGUGAUCGUUUUCCUCAUCAUUCUGAAAUGCAUUAUAAUGCUGUUCAUAAUUUUGUCAGCGAUUUUCGGGAAUUUACUCGUCAUUGUAUCUGUGAUGAGGCACAGGAAACUGAGGGUUAUCACGAAUUAUUUCGUCGUCUCACUUGCCUUAGCUGACAUGUUGGUCGCCAUUUGGGCGAUGUGCUUCAACUUCAGUGUGGAAAUAACGAAUGGGAUAUGGCUAUUCGGAUACUUCAUGUGUGACGUCUGGAACUCCUUAGAUGUCUACUUUUCGUCGGCAUCGAUCCUUCACUUGUGCUGUAUAAGCGUAGAUCGGUACUACGCGAUCGUCCAGCCUCUGGACUAUCCCUUGAUAAUGACGACUAGUAAACUUGGAAUCAUGUUGGCUGUUGUGUGGUUCAGCCCAGCGUUGGUCUCGUUUCUUCCGAUCUUCAUGGGUUGGUACACCACACAUGAACACCUGGACUUUAGGAAAAGACACCCAAAAGUGUGCAGUUUCACAGUGAAUAGAGUCUAUGCAGUGAUAUCGAGCAGUGUCAGUUUUUGGAUCCCGGGUGUGAUAAUGCUGUAUAUGUAUUACCGCAUCUACGUGGAGGCCGACCGGCAGGAGAGGAUGCUUUAUAGGAGCAAAGUAGCGGCGUUGCUCCUGGACAAGCAUCUUCAGAUCAACGGGAUCUCCGUGGGGGAUGUGAUGAGGGAGCGCCAAAGUAUCCAGAUGCAGCCCAUGGCCAGCAGCAAAAUGAAGAGGGAACGGAAAGCCGCGAGGACCCUGGGCAUCAUCAUGAGCGCUUUCUUGGCAUGUUGGCUGCCAUUCUUUCUGUGGUAUAUAAUAACGGCGCUAUGCGGCGAAGCCUGCCCGUCACCUCCGCCUGUAGUGGCAGCGGUUUUCUGGGUGGGCUACUUCAAUUCUGCUCUGAACCCUCUCAUCUACGCAUACUUCAAUAGGGACUUCAGGGCGGCGUUCAGGAAGACGCUGGACUCCUGUUGCAGGACUCUUUGUGGAAACUUUGGACGCCGUUACUGCCAGCAGUUCCCGCGUCGAGAGCAGCACCACUCGAACGUCUCAUCGGACAUGCACUUGAACAACUGUCUCAAAUCUACAUCGGCAGAUAUACUUCGAGCGCAGCAACCAUCUUGCUCCAGACCUGAAGAUAUUGUGAUAUGUACCUAA